UAAUAUUUAUUCACCGGCAUCAGGCCUCCAUCACCAACCUACUAACCCCACUGGCAGUGGUGACAACGGAAGAGCACCAGAUCGAAAGUGCGCGGAACCUUUCACGCAUUUCGAUAUCGGAGGAGAUUCAAUCGCUUACCGAAACCAAUGGCUAUGGCGCUUCGAAGAUUCGCCGUCGGCGUUACCAAAUCCAAUGUUCCUCUCGUCAAUGGCCGGUUUCUCCAUCACAUGUCUUCUCUGUCCGGUGCCGCUGCGGAGGAAAGGGACAAGGCUCGAGCUACUUGGAUUAAGCAGCUGAACGCCCCCCUCGAGGUUAUUGAUCCGGAAAUUGCAGACAUCAUUGAGCUUGAGAAAGCUCGUCAAUGGAAGGGUUUUGAACUUAUACCUUCUGAGAAUUUCACUUCAUCAUCAGUGAUGGAAGCAGUUGGUUCAGUCAUGACCAACAAGUACAGUGAAGGAUAUCCUGGUGCCAGAUACUAUGGUGGAAAUGAGUACAUUGACAUGGCUGAAACCUUGUGCCAGAAACGUGCUCUAGAAGCUUUCCGUUUGGACCCUGCAAAAUGGGGAGUUAAUGUGCAGUCUCUCUCUGGAUCACCGGCUAACUUUCAGGCAUAUACUGCAUUAUUAAAACCUCAUGAGAGGAUUAUGGCUCUAGAUUUACCACAUGGUGGACACCUUUCGCAUGGUUACCAGACUGAUACCAAGAAGAUUUCUGCCGUUUCAAUAUUCUUCGAGACAGUGCCAUAUAGGUUGGAUGAGAGCACUGGUUACAUUGACUAUGACCAGUUGGAAAAAAGUGCAUCAUUGUUCCGACCAAAACUCAUCGUUGCUGGUGCAAGUGCCUAUGCCCGUCUCUAUGACUAUGCACGAAUUCGCCAGAUCUGUGACAAACAGAAGGCAGUCAUGUUGGCUGAUAUGGCACACAUUAGUGGCUUAGUUGCAGCUGGCGUUAUUCCAUCCCCUUUUGAUUAUGCUGAUGUUGUAACAACAACCACACAUAAAUCCUUACGCGGACCACGAGGGGCAAUGAUUUUCUUCCGGAAGGGUGUUAAAGAGAUCAACAAAAAAGGACAAGAAGUGCUCUAUGACUACGAAGACAAAAUUAAUCAGGCUGUCUUUCCUGGUCUUCAAGGUGGCCCACACAACCACACCAUAACUGGUCUGGCAGUUGCACUAAAGCAGGCCACAACUCCGGAAUACAAAGCUUACCAAGAGCAGGUUCUUAGUAAUUCUUCCAAAUUUGCUCAGAGUUUGAUUGAGAAGGGCUAUGAACUUGUAUCUGGUGGAACUGACAACCAUUUAGUCCUUGUGAAUUUGAAAAAUAAGGGUAUCGAUGGCUCGAGAGUCGAGAAGGUUUUGGAAUCGGUUCAUAUUGCAGCUAACAAGAAUACAGUUCCAGGGGACGUGUCUGCCAUGGUUCCUGGUGGCAUCCGUAUGGGGACCCCUGCCCUGACCUCAAGAGGUUUCCUUGAGGCAGAUUUUGUGAAAGUAGCUGAAUAUUUCGAUGAAGCUGUGAAGUUAGCCUUGAAGAUUAAGGCCAAUAGCGAAGGUACUAAGUUGAAGGAUUUCGUAGCAACCAUGCAAUCAAAUAAAGACUUCCAAUCUGAAAUUUCAAAGCUCCGACUUAAAGUCGAGCAGUAUGCCAAGCAAUUUCCAACCAUAGGAUUUGAGAAAGAGACAAUGAAAUACAGAGACUGAAAAGCGAAUCCUCAAAGUUGCAGGCAAGGAUCUACCGCCGAGUCGGAUAACCUUGUUGUCAAAGUUGCUGAUUCAGACCCUCCAGCAAACGGGCAGAAGUUUCCUCUAAAUAAAUGUCCUUGUGAGCAAUUUUUUGUUGGACUUUCUAUAAUAAAAUCUCGACAUUAUGUUCUUGAACUUUGCCAGCGUUAAUCUAUAGGUUUACGUCUUAACGAAGGAAGGAAUCACUGUAACGAAAGUAAUCUUGUCAAUCGAAUAUCUUAAACUAAGAACACCUGAUUGAGAUUUGAAUCACUUCACAAGUAAGAUUGUGAUUAUGUUUUCUUCUCUAAGACAAUGAUUGUCAAUUAUGUGCAUAGUUAGAAUUUUGGUUUGAAC